ACGGAAAUAGCCGAACGUCAAAUAAGCAUUGCUUAACCACGGACUUUACUAAGCAAAGCUUAUUCAUCGUUUUCUUAACUAAGUCGGUCUUAUUCUCCGACUCUGAAUACAUAGCGACUUAAGCAUUGCUUAUUCGAAUAAGAUGAUCUUUGUAAAGAACGUCUUAAGUCCUCAAUUAAGUUGCGACUCUGAAUACGGCCCUUAGAGUGAAUAAAUUUUUUAUAGUUAGCUAGGGAUUUUUAAGCAUCGGGUGACAUGCGCAAACGUUAGGCGAUGAGCAAAGAAGAGUGGACCAGCAGAGGAGAUUUGUGUCGCGUUGUAUCUAUUAUCUUGGAUCGGCGUGAAUCGCCAUAUAUUUAUCUCGAAAAACGACCAGUCGACAAGGGUCGAUGUUAAAAUUUCGUUUAUAAAACUCAAAUAAACCGAACAACGUUUAUAAAUAUUUCCUUUUGUUCGUUUGUUAGCGUCAAUUGUUUUCGUACAUGGCUUCAGUCGAGGAAGUGGAUCAAUUAGAUAGCGGCAUGGGUAGUAGCGAUGCACGUUCUCCCGAAGUAAAAUCACUUCUUCCCGAUGAUGAAGAUGACGAAGAGGAUGAAAGCGUGGCGGAACGACUGUUGGGUCUUACAGAAAUGUUUCCAGAAGAAGUACGUAAUUUUGGAUAUAACGUUGGUACUUGUUUGUGCAAUUGCAUGAAAGGAUUGUAUGCAUUUUCCUGUUCAGCAGCAUGGUUGUUCUUCAGUUCGUCAGCUAUUUUAUUUGCACCAAUAUUGUUUGAAAUAGAACGGGUGCAACUAGAAGAAGCACUACGCACCCAACAAAAACAAGUUUUGUUAGGACCUAGCAAAGCUAUGUCAAACGUCAACGCUUCGAGUCUUCCAAUGGCUCCACCAGUUCAGCGAUAAUAACAAUAUUAAAGCUGCAUUUCAAUAACUAUGAGUGAACCAUCCCUGUUCACGAUUUAUAUUUAUUAGCAUAAUUCCACCGUGUUGUAAUCUUUCAUCAAUUCUUGUAUACAUAUGUAGGCUAUUAAAUGUCAUGUGUUAGAAAACCGAAAUGAAAUGCAAAAUUCAAGCAGACGUAGGUUUCAAGAAAUAACUGUUAUACCACACGUUGAAGUGUUAAUUCGUUUAUGGGAAUUAUUAUUUUAUUCGUUGCGGAAUAGUAGUGAAACGUUUUAGUACUUGAAUACAUAUCGUUUGCUCUCACUAAACAUAAAAUCCUUUUGUUGUGUUUGUAAUAAUGUGCAAAAAGCAGUAUAUUAUUGUAAUAUACCAAAUUGAAUUGA